AGUUCCUUUCGUGAUUUUCGCUAAAGAAAAGCAAAAAAAAUGUCUUUGAGAUCAGAAGCAGAAUCUUUUGAAACCAUUCGUGAAAAAUUGCAAGCAAUUGACACAAGCAACAAAGAUCUUGCUCACAUUUUCAAGAUUAGAAUCACAAAUGGCGGCGAAGUAGUCAAAAUUAUGAUGCUUGAUGCAGUCAACAUUAAAUUUUAUGAAGGAGAUGAGGAAGCUGAAUGCACAAUCACACUUGAAGAUGACUUAUUAGCCAAUAUUGUAGCAAAGAAAACCAGUGCAGUUGAGGCAUUAAAGGAAGAACUUAUCACAGCUGAGGGAAAUCUUGAAUUACUCAUCAUUCUUAACGAUCAAUUAUAAAAUGUGACAUUUCUGACUCGAAU